AUGGCUUUGAUUAACAGAUUGAUUCUAUUUGCAGGAACCUUCUUACUGAGAGAUUCUGCGCAGGAGGAAUAUUUAUUUUCAGUAUCAUUUAGGAAAUAUGGAAGGAGUCUUCAUGCAAGGAUUGAGCAAUUUAAUCAUCGAUUUAGUUUUGAUUCUCAUGAUCCUGGAGUAUAUUCAUCAUCAACAGUCACAGGGCUACUGGAGCAUUAUAAAGAUCCAACUUGUGUGAUGUUUUUUGAACCUAUGCUGACUGUUCCAUUGAAUCGAAAUUAUCCAUUUUCUUUGCAACAGCUAUGUAGAUCUGUGAUUGUAUCAAAAAUUACAUAUGAUGGUAUUAGCAUGCUAGGAUUACCGAGAGCUUUGAAAUCAUAUCUGCGCGAAUAUCAUUAUAAACAAAGAGUUCGUGUAAAACGAUUUGAUGAUUGUCCUUCUUACAUGGUAUAA